UCCUCUCCAAUCUUACCAAUUAACAAAUACAACAACAAUGUUGCAAUAUUUCUUAAUCUUUUCAUUUUUGCUCAUUUCAACCAAUGCUGCGUAUGAUUAUUAUAAGCUGUCACAACAGUGGCCGCCAACAUUCUGUGCAGUAAAUAAAUGUAAACCUCAGUAUACAAAGUUAAGCAAAUUUACUAUACAUGGGUUGUGGCCCUCAAAUUAUACUGGAGCUCGUCCAAUAGUUUGCAAAAUUGGCAGUGUGUCAAUGGUACCACUGACUCAAAUUCCCACUACUUUGAACUCUGCACUUGCUUCAAAUUGGCCCAAUUUAUUAAGCAAGCCAGACUAUGAAUUUUGGACACAUGAAUGGGAGAAGCAUGGCAGAUGUUCAUCACUUCCAAACAGCCCAUUGGAUUAUUUCCGACUUGCUUUGAGUAUUCAGAGCAAGCACAAUCUAUGGAAUAUCCUUACAGCAGCCACAUUUGUCCCCAAUAGAACUUAUCCAAAAAAUCUGUAUAAUAUGACAAUAUUUCAAAGUACUGGUGCAUAUCCUGAACUUAGUUGUUUGCAAGAUCGAAAAAACAAUUACCAUCUUUUAGAGAUGAGACUCUGCUUAGACCACAGUGGAGCUUCUUACAUAAAUUGCACUGAUCCUUCGAAUACUUGUGGCACAAAUAUAAAUUGGCCACUUUAAUGUGAUGCAAAUU